GUCACUUUAUGGAAGAAAAGGAGGCGGACGCUAAAACCAUCUUGGCAACUUGGUCCGUGCAUACAGAGUCCUUCCCAUGUCAUUGCCAUGCCCUGCUUCAUCCACACACACACACCAGCGACACCUUCACCCGCACACAGCUUGAUCAGUCAAUUCGGGUCGAAACUACCGCACGGCGCGAAACAACCCUUUUUUCUUUUUUCUUUUUUCCCUUAACCUGGUAGGGUACCGGUACAAUAUCACAAUGUCCCAUUCACCGCCAUCGAUUCUAAAUUUUUUCAACCUGCGCCGGAGAAAAAACAUGACUACCGAUACAUUAUCGCCGGUCCUUCAAGAGUUCAUCAACAAGACGAUGCGCAUCACCACGACCGAUACAAGGGUUUUCGUGGGCGAGCUGAAGUGCACUGAUAAAGAUAAAAACCUCAUACUCGCACAAACACAUGAAUAUCGGUAUCCGACUGGGAAUGGACUACGAGCGGAGGUGGAGAGUGGGGAGGGGGUUGUCGAGGAGGGGAAAGUGAAGUUAACUCUUAAGAGCCGCUACAUUGGAUUGGUAGUUGUGCCGGGGGAGUUCAUUGUCAAAAUUGAGGUUGAGGAAGGGCAGGGGACUAUGGGAAGUGCUAGGGGUAGUAUGACGGUCAGUGUUGAUCGGGAGAGUUGAUGCCGGUACAGGGCCGUAGGUAGAGAGAGAUUACGGUAGUGGCCACGGGGAAUGCUUUGCAAUCAUGGAGCGGAGGAUUCGCGGAGUUUAUGGUGCGGAGUUUAUGCGGCAGCUUUAUAUCUUGCUGGUGAUUUCCGUGAUUUUUCCGUGUCAGCGCAAAUCCUCGGAAGGGGAGUUAAGCCUGAUCCGGUGUAUUCAUACUCGUACAAGAAGAUAUCGCUAUUAUAAUUGUCUCUCGGCGCUUGGUACUUGUACUGUACGAUAUCAUAUCCGCGCACACAAGCACCGUAUCACCCGAUUAAA